GUGUGUCGAAAUGUCGCUGGGUGCCAUGUUCUGUUGUAAGUGUGGAGAAGGUUUCGAGCCUCACGAAAAAAUCGUCAACUCUCAUGGUGAGGUGUGGCAUCAACAAUGUUUUGUGUGUUGCCAAUGUUUCCGACCUUUUCCAGAAGGAAUUUUUUAUGAAUUUGAGGGCCGGAAGUACUGCGAGCAUGACUUCCAUGUUCUGUUUGCUCCAUGUUGCGGAAAGUGCCAUGAGUUUGUGAGUGGGCGAGUCAUCAAAGCUCUCAAUAACAGUUGGCAUCCGCACUGUUUCCUCUGCCAGCUGUGUGGCACAGAACUGGCAGAUCGAGGCUUCAUUAAGAAUACGGGCAGAGCACUAUGCCAUGAUUGCAAUGCACGAGAGAAAGCAGCACAAUCUGGAAAAUAUGUCUGUUUCAAAUGCCACUCCAUCAUUGACGAGGGAGUGCUUAAGUUCCGCAGUGAGCCUUAUCAUCCGUAUCAUUUCAACUGCACUUCUUGUGGGGUGGAGUUGACUGCAGAUGCGCGUGAGGUGAAGGGUGAGCUCUACUGCCUUCGUUGCCAUGACAAAAUGGGUAUCCCUAUCUGUGGUGCCUGCAGGAGGCCUAUCGAGGAAAGGGUAGUCACUGCCCUGGGGAAGAACUGGCAUGUUGAGCAUUUCGUCUGUGCCAAGUGUGAAAAGCCAUUCUUGGGUCAUCGACACUAUGAAAAGAAAGGUUUGGCCUACUGCGAGAUCCAUUAUCACCAACUGUUUGGCAACUUGUGUUUUGUAUGCAACCAGGUCAUUGCUGGAGAUGUUUUUACUGCAUUGAAUAAAGCGUGGUGUGUAAACCAUUUUGCCUGUUAUGUUUGUGAUCAGAAAAUGAGUCAGAAGAGCAAGUUCUUUGAAGUGGACCUAAAACCAGUAUGCAAAAAAUGCUACGACAGGUUCCCGGCGGAACUCCGCAAGCGGCUCAAGAAGGCCUACGAGUCCUCCCCGAAAAAAGUCAUCACAUAGAGUGCCCUAAGUCUGUCUUCUUGAUUUCGGGUUUAAUGAAUGUCUUUAGCUAACCAAGCCCUCUCUUCUCCCUUUGUUGUAUGUGCGCCAGUUCUUGGCGUUCCGUCCAUCUGUUCUCUCCCACGUGAGCAAAGUGGAGAGACUUCACUUGGACUUCACUCAUUUAUCUAUCUUGAUGACUAAUCUAAUGUGUGACUUAUGAGGCUUUCAGUGAAUAAGUAUUUUAUUAACAACAGUGGUUACUGUUAAAGUGUAUGAAGAGCUCAGUUCCUUGCUUUAAAAAAUAUUCUGAAGCUCUGAAAUGCAGUAACAGCUUGGGUUCUGUAAUGUAAUGGUUGUAAAGUUUGGGCGAAUUGCAGUGUGUUAUUUCUACUAAUGCCGUUAACUCAAAAGUUAGUUUUGUCUGCCAUUGCAUUGAAAGCCUCAUAUUUGUACAAAAAAUAAAUAAACUGCCAGAAGGAACUGAAAAAUGCCCAGAAGAAUGAGCUUUUUCUAUUUCUUUAACUGUUGGAACUUCUUUAAAAAAAAGUAAGAAAGGAUCAGUUUUCCAAAACUUGAUCUUAUAUCAAGUGUUGAGUUUCAUUGCAUUGAAGUAUUCAUUCAAUCUUUCAUUCUCAUGGAAAGAAAUGUUUAUAGACUGACAGGAUCUGUACACUGCCGAAACCAUCGUGGAGAAAUAAUCUAAAAUUGAAUUCAUUUUUUUGUCAUAAAAAUACUGUGCAUUUAUUCCUUUAGUCACCCUGUUUUUCAGAAAGUAUAAAGUGUUGUUAACAUCAUACGUUGGAAUCAAAUUCCAAAUGUGUAUCAGGGUAUAUUAAUAUGCAUGUAUAAAUGGUUAUAAAAAUUGUAACAAAUGCAAUGCCUGUUUUUUUUGGGGGGGGGGAGCAGGAUGUUUGUAUGUGUGGAUGUAAGUAUGUAUGACAAAAAAGUUGUGCAUGCACUUUAUCUUAAGUACUAAAAAACAUACAUUACUUGCAUCCCUGCUUUAAACAAGGGAUGAAACAAUCAAAAUCAGAAAGUUUUCCUACUAUUAGAUGGGCAUUAGGUAAAAUCUUAAUUUUACUAAGUUCUACAUUAACAAAUCAAAAUUAUCUUUAAAUCGGUUCUGCUCGCACUUGUCAUCUCAUCUAGGGACACAACCGAGGGAGGGAGUUAACCCCUCAGAACCUUUGGUUUUUUAAACAUGUUGCCAAUCCUAGUGUAUUGUAUAUGUAUAUACUGUCACUCUCAUCCCAAAAGAAAAUUAUGGUUGUGCUACUGCUUGCUCAACUUGGAAUUCAAUUUGGAUUUGUCUGAAAUGUUGAAUUUUGGAGAAAAUUGUUACUUGCUAUUAUUAUCUCAACUCUCAUGCACUUAUGACGACAAUUCAGAAAAUAAAUACCACAUGUGGUGACUUAUAGGAUAAUUAUUGGGAUAAUUCAAAUAUAUUUUAUUUUUUUUCAAAACUACUUUUGGUUGUGAGUUCUUUUAUUUUAGGGGUGGGGAAGUUAAUGUUCCAAAAUAGAACCAGUAAAAAAUACAUCAUUAUUCCUUGAUCAAAAAGGAUUAUCACCAGGGUUGUGUUGCAUCCUAUGUGGUUUAGCAAUUAAAGCAGCUGUCUGACGACCCGGGCUCUAGUAGUAACAAUAAAAAAUGUUAACAUUUGUUAAGUUGAGUCUUGUUAAUGCAAAAUUUGGUUUUAAAGUUGAAAGUUGAAAUUUUGGAAACAAUAAAGAAUAAAACUGCCGAUGCUGUACGCUCAUCAACCUUUGAAAUAUCAUGUCAGUCAUUUUCAUGUUAUGUUAGUCACUACAUAUUUGUGUUCACUAUGCAUACAUUUUGCAUUAUAUUGACAAAAAAAUAUGUAUAUAUGAUAGCACAAUUGCAAUUUAAUUCCUUGUGAAUGAUGGUAAGUUAGCCAAAGUUUGACUGUUAAAUUAAGUACUUGUUAGUUUCAAGUGCCUUUCUUCAGUUUGAAUUAUGUGUUAGGUCUUUUUUGCUGCUUUGUUUGAAUUGCUGCAUUAGGUAUGCUAUAAAACAGAAGCUGUUAAAGUUUAGUGUAUUGGUUUGCCGGCCAUUCAGAAAUUUUUUUAUCCAGUUGCAUGAUAUGCCAGCUACUAAAAGUAAAAAUAAUAGUACUAAUAACAUGAAUAUUUUUGAAGUAGAUAUUUUUAAAUGAUCAGUAUUUAUGACAAAGUAAUAUUUUCUGAAGAAGCUAAAGGUAUUUCCUCUAUCUCACUUUGUGCCAAACAUUGCUUUUAGUGGAAAAAGAAAAAAAAAAUUAAGUAUCAUUAUGUACUAAAAUUCAAUUUUAUUUUUAAGCUUUUAAAACCUAACUAGUGCAUCAUUAGUAAAAUAAUCUCACUUCCUUUAUUUGUUAAAUCAGUGGUUCUUAACCCUUUGCCAAAAAAAGUAGCGUCAAAGAAAUUGUGAAACUCCGUUUGUGGUGGGUCUGUGUCCAGGAAACUCCAUAGCACCUACAGCCUUGAGACCUUGUACAAAAUUACUUUGAGUCCUGGGGUUUUAUUUUUUUAAAUUUUCGAAUUAGCUCUUUGUAAUUAUUAUUUUGAAGAAGACUGAACAAAAUGCUUAGCAAUCUGGGCUUCUUUCAAUGUAUUUUUUAAAAUACUUUUUAUGACAUUAUUUAAAUUUUACUGAAGUAUAUUGAGUUUUUUUUUUUUUUUUUUUUUUGGCUCUUAAAUCGAAAGUUUUCACGUCAAUGCUCCAUGACACAUCAAGAACUAAUCGAGUACCUACAGCACCUUCUUCAAGAAAUGUGUGCUACUAGAAUUGAUAAAUACUCUUUUCCUAGUGUAGUCACAUUUGUUGAUGAUGCAUUAAGUUACUGGGGUUAAGAACCAUUUAUUAGUGAAGAAUUGUGUUCUGUGAGAAAGUAGUGCCUUAAUGUUACAGAUUGUAAAAUAUGUGCAUAUAUCUGUAUUGGAGCUUUAAUAUUUUUAUUUAAAUAAAUAUAUCUUACAUCUA